AUGCCACCCAUAGACGGCCCGUGGAGGUCGUGGCCAUGUACCAGAGAUUGGGAGAGCCGAAGAGAUCGCAUCACAGAGCUCUAUUGGGACGAAGGAAAGAGCCUAAAAGAAGUAGCUGAGAUAAUGAGGACCGAGCAUGGUUUCAACGCCACAAAGCGAACACUAACACUGGAAAGAGAGAGAAUGUAUAAGUCGCGCUUCAGGCAGUGGGGCUUGUCGAAAAAUCUCAAAAGCAAGGAUGCGAAUCGGAUAGUAGUAGAGGCGGCGAUGAGAACGGGGACCCUCUUACCAAUUAUCCGAGGACGCCAAGUUGGUGCAAAAAGACUACAAAGUUACCUGGAUAAGAUCUGGCAGACUUCGGAGCAGUCGUCUUGUUGUUCAUGGAAAUACAUUUCGACGCCCCUUUCCGGUCGGUUGAUCUCACCAGAGGUCUCUCGGUUGUUUGAGGGCGGCAUAUCUGCCGUUGUACACUUCGCGCAAAGUCGCUUGCAGAGCGACUUCUUUGGCUUCAAAUACAUGGACAUGGAGUAUGACUGGGCCAGCGAUCCAUCGUUGGGGUUCCACCUGUAUUUACGACAUUCGGUUGAUAUGUUUACCCGAGAUGGAAACUUUACAGAUGGAUUCCGUCUUCUCGACAGAGCAUUCGGCAUGUACUCUGACGUUUUAGUCGUCUGUCCACCCACUGUGAUUUGGACAACGAUGCUUUCCGGGUUACUUCUGGCGCAGGCUCGACAAGAUCUUGCUGACUGUUUCAUUCGAUAUGCCGCGGCUCUGUCCACCAUCAAGCUCGGCCCAGCACACCCCUUGAGCCGACUUUGGUUCAUGAUAAAGUCUUUAUCGGCUGAGGAGAACAGGCAGGCUGCUGUGACUAUCCUGAGAGCAUACCUUGACGCCAUUGCGAGCGAUGUUGCUGCAGGGGAAACGUUUCGUAAGGUAUCAGCAAUUCACCACGUCCGUUGGCUUCUUCGUGUUGGUGCGGUGACGCUCGAAUCUGCAAGGAAAAUAUUUGAUAUCGCUGUUGAAGCUAUACGUAAGGACACCACAAAACUACGAGUUGAUUGGUACUUCUGGACAAAGUGCUUCUGGUUUGAGAUUCUGUACGACUGUGCUAGAAUUCUGAGCGCCCUAGAGAGAUUUGAUGAAGCAACAAUCUAUUUCGAGGCAGCUUACGAAAUAUCUAAGCUUGAUAUAACGUGGGAUUCCAUCUUUCGCAAGGCUCAGGCCUCAAAAGAUCUAGAGUCGCAUUACCUUAGGAUGGGCAAUAUCGAGUUAGUUGAGAAGAUGCGAAAUAAUUUUGUGAUUGGUCAGCAUGGACUUAUAAGUAAUUUGUAUUCCGACGAGAGACUUCGAUAUUUAGCAUUCGGAUCGUCGAUAUUAGGCUCUGGAAUUUGUUCGGUACUGACUAGUGACAGCAUGUUCGCUUUUUCCCCCCAUGGGUUACUCACGUCACCGGCGGUAGUUGGUCACCAUAUUUGA